ACCAUCAUUAGGUAGAUAACCCUUUUUCCCCUUUUAAUGCUCAUGUGACUUCUAACAUAGGGAUAAACUGCUCACCAGAGGCUUAAGAGCCACCAUAUGUCAACUACCCCGAGAAGGACCUCAUCCUUCAGGCUUUCUGAAAGAUCCUGUACAGAUUUAAAGGGGAAAAUCUGAGCUUGACAUUAAGAACAGCACUGCUACAUCAAUAUGAGCUUCAGUACUGAAGAGAGAGGACAAGCCAACACACAGGACUACAGAGUCUACUUUAAAAACUCAGAUGGAAAAUACAUAUCUCCAUUCCAUGACAUUCUCCUUUACGCAGAUGAGGCCAAGAAUAUCUUCCAUGUAGUUGUUGAGGUACCCAGAUGGACAAAUGCAAAGAUGGAGAUCGCAACCAAAGAACCACUGAACCCACUGAAGCAGGAUGUGAAGAAAGGAAAUCUGCGUUAUGUGUGUAAUGUAUUUCCACAUAAAGGCUACAUAUGGAACUAUGGAGCUUUCCCUCAGACAUGGGAGGAUCCAGGACACACUGAUAGAGACACAAAAUGCUCUGGAGACAAUGACCCCAUUGAUAUGUGUGACAUCAGUAACAAGGUCUGCUCAUGUGGAGAAAUCAUCAGGGUGAAAGUGUUGGGAAUUCUUGCACUGAUAGAUGAAGAAGAAACAGACUGGAAAGUGAUUGUGAUUAAUGUUGAGGAUCCUGAAGCUGCAGACUUUAAUGAUAUUGAGGAUGUAAGGAGGCUUAAGCCGGGAUACCUGGAAGCCACAGUGGACUGGUUUAGAAUGUACAAAAUACCAGAUGGGAAACCUGAGAAUCAGUUUGCAUUCAAUGGUGAAUUCAAGAACAGGGACUUUGCCAUUAAGACCAUAAAAGAUACCCAUGAAUAUUGGAAGGCAUUGAUAUUGAGCAAGACUAAAGCAAAGGAACUUAACUGGUAUGGCAGUGAAUAAUC